GGAAUAAGAAAAAACAAUUAUCAGGUUAAAAACUGGCAGUAAUUGUUAAUUAUCAAAUUUGUUAGCUUUAGAUUGUUUUAACUGUUGUUACAAAACUUGAUAAAUUGUCUUUUAUGAGAAGAGGGUAUUGUGAAGAUUUUAGUAAUUUAAUAGUUGGAUUCAUCAGUCAAUUGAAGCUAGACCAUCAUGAAAUACCCUGAACAGCCGUUUCGUCCUAGUAUGGGACUCAGCAGUGCACAUUCACGAUCCUGCUUCGCGAGACACUGGGUUCGAAUCAUGCGAGGCGGUAUCGUGGAUGCGCACUGGUGAGGAGACGAAACGGCCGUCCAGUGCUUUCAUGUUUUCCAUGGUGAUCUAGCUUCAAUUAACUUAUGAAUCCAACUAUCAAAUUGUCCUUUAAUUGAACAGCUUCUAUUUGAUCGACUAGGAAAUGAACAACGAUCAUUGAUCAUAAGUAAUGUUCCGUUUACAAUUCUGAAUGAUCUGUACUAUAAGAUGUGACUAAGUAUAUUUAUGUUCAGUACCAAUCUUAUGAUAAGAAGAUUCUUAAGAACUAAUAUCUUUAAUGUCUUAUUACUUGCAUACAUAUACUUGAUUAGAAAUAUUGCAAAAUUACUCAUUUCACUUAACGUAUUGCGUAUAAAUUUUAAAUCGUUUAUAUGACAUCAUCUAAGGGAAGAUUUGAAGUCUAACAUCUCGUGGAUACGAAGUUAUAUUGUGGUGUGGGUUACUUAUAUCCACACAAGUAGUGUAUGACAGUGGUCAGGCGUAGAAUAUAUUUCGGUAGGUCGACGAGGAAAGAAAGGGAACAGAACGCAAUUGGUAUGAAGAUGCAUGAACAAUGAAAUCUAAGACAAUGGAUUGAUAUUUCCAACAGAAACAGUCAAGUUUGAUAUGAUGGAUUGAUAUUUUGCAAAUUAACGAUUUAAUAUAUGAUUCUCAGAUUUUAUUGAGAUGCUCUAUAAUUUUGUGUUCGAAUAAAUUUGAUUGUCUCCAUCGGUGUUCCUGUUCACAACAUUUUAAAUAUAUAUUUUCAUAAAUAGAUAAAUUCUUUUUGUAUACAUUUUUACUGAUCUACCGGCAUUCUUAUCAUUUAUAAUAUACUUUUCAUAAAUGAAGAUAUUUGCAGGGUGUACACUGUUCAAUUAUUUAAUUAUCCCUCUACAAUGAUGUUUUCAUUGAUAAUGCUGAGUUUUGCAAUGUUUAACAAGCUUCUUAGUAAACAAUUUUAUAAAUUAUGUUUUUCUAUUAGGAAGUCACCAAUGAUAGAUUUAUUCAAUGGCUGUUUCAUUGAUUUCUUUUAACAGUAUGCUUUAUUAAGGGUAAAAUAAACAUUCAUUGUACAUCAUGUAAUCUAUUAUUUAAGACAAUAAUUAAGAUUUUAAUCAUUAUAUUUACUUAAUAUUUGCUGAUACAACAAUUUGAUUGCCUCAAUUAUUGAUACAUUGGUAAACAAUGAAUGAACUAAUUGUUUCCUAAUCACACUCCCAUCUUCCACAUUCUCUAUAAUAUUCAUAUAUCUUUUCCAUUCCUACUAAUUAAGUAAUUUGUGUAUUGAUUCCAAGAUUCAUAUUAGUUAUUUUUUUAAAAUUAUGCUUGAUGUGAACAGAGAAAUAAGAAAUUAUGACAAACUACGGAAGCUAAUUUUUAGGGACAUUAUUUCAUUUAAUUCAAAGCUUGUAAAACGCUAACAUUUAUUUUUGUCCCUAGUUUAUUCUACAAACCAUAAGCUUUCGUUUGAUGUAUGAUUUACUACCAUAGCCUUUUCUGUUCCAAAGCUAUUAUAAUUUAGACAUAAUCUUUUGUACUCUAUUUCCUAUGCUAAUCCCCAGUUUUGGAUAUAAUUGUAUUUUUCUAAUUGUUUGUGCAUUGUGGUCUUGUUAGUCAUCUAUUUAUUCAUGUAUCUUUUUGCACUUAUCUGAAUUUGGACCGAAAUGGAGUGUGAAUCGGAAUUAGGAAUAAAUUGAGUAGUGUUCCAGUUGACUCGCUUUCUCUCUCUCGCACGCUUUUCAAUUGAUCAGGUGGUAGAAUACUUUCCGUCUCUCUACCCAAAGCAGUAGUCUCAGUUUGAACUCACGCAUACUAGCCUCAAAGUUAAACUAGUCAACCAUCUUGUCAAGUUCUUAAUCUGGAUAGCGACAAACUAGCUUCUGCAUAUUAGUGGGCAGAUAGAUCAAGGACGUAACAGUGCUAAAAGUCGGUAGAGAGGAAAUUUUGUGAUCUGUGAUUUUUAGGUAUGUCAGUAUCAUGGUGUGUUUGGCUCUCUAAGUUCAAAUGAAUCAUAAGUGGGCAGCAAGGUUACCUAUUUUUAUAGCUUUUGUUAAACUUUUCAAUAUUACAAGUCGCUAAAAUUGCUCUCACUCUUUUCAACACUGUUAUUUUAUUCCAUCUUGAUUAAUCAAUAGGGUUUAACUACAGAUGAUGAUGAAGCAUUUAAACGAUUUCUAAAUAACUUAGUAUUCUCUCUAACUGAACCACCAACAGCUGAGGCGGAAAAUUUUAAUAAAGAAUUCUUACGACUUAUUGAUGCUACACGUGAACAUUGGAAUAAAACAAAGACACUUGGGACACGUAUGUCAGGUAGCAUUCAUCUACGUCGAACAGAAAUUGCAAUAUUUCAAAGUCUACUUGAUUGGAAUAAAGCCCAUAUGAGAACUAUAAAACAAUAUGAACAAGAAAACAUUAUACCACUGGAUCUAUCACAAAAACUCAAUGAUCUUCAAGAGCAAAGUUUUCAUAUGAUGGAAACUGUGACACUUGUAAAGUAAGCGACAUAAUUUGAAUCAGAUAUUUUUAAGUAUUCAUUAUUGGAAUGAAUUCAUUUUGAUUUUUAAUUUAAAUCAGUAAAUGACAUUGAUAAAACAAAUAAAUGACCUUUGUUCAAUGAUCAAGUUGAUCACAAUAAUUUAAUUUAAGAAUAAUUGGUAUAUGUCAGGUUAUUUAACAAUAUGGUUAAUCGUUUUGUUUUCUUAUUAUUCUCCUUUCUUUUUCCUUAUUUUGUCAGUGAUUUAGCUCAGAAAGAUAAGAAAAAAUUAGAUAGUUUAUUAAAUCAAUUAAGAAUAUGGAAUAAACAAACAAAAGAUAAAAAUCAAUUUAAUAUUUAUUCAUUAUCAUCAAGUUCUGAUGAUGAAUGGCUGUCAAGUUCAGGUUCAGAGUAUAUAAAUUCAGAAAGUACUUAUGAAUCGGUUGAUGAAACGGAAACAUCAUAUAUUGUUCAUUCGAAACAAAUUAAACAACCACAUUUUACAAGUAGUCUGAAAUUUCCACAUAAAACGUUUAUACUACCAGCUAUAUUCACAUAUGAUGAAGAAAUGGUGUGUAGUUGUACUACGAGUGAAGAAAUUCAAAGUAUGGGUACUGGUAGUUCUUGUACAACCGACGAUGAAAUUGAAGAUUAUCAUAAAUAUCAUUCAAAACAAGAUUUUCAUACAAGAUCGGAUGACGAUUAUUUGAAAGAAAAUAAAAAUUUUGUGACUACACUUGACAAACAAAUGUUGUUAACACUUGAACGGCCAAUGGAUACAAAUGAUAAACCAAUAACAUACAAGAGCAGAAAAUACAUCGAUACAAAAGAUGGUGGGCGCUAUUCAGUUGUAUAUAUCGAAGUAGCACCAACUGAAGAAACUAAUAUACUUGAUUCCACUGAUCAAGAAAAUUUGAAACCAUCAACAAUUUCAAAAUCUACGCAAUCAGAAGAUCCAUUGAAAAAAACCAAAUUUACACGGAGAACAUGGAUAGAAAAGCAGCAUGUUGAAGAAGCAAAGAGUUUGACAAAAAUUGAAGAGUCAGCUAGAAUAAUUCAUACAAGGCCUAGCAAAGUUCAAAUCACAGAUAUAGGUGUAGAAGCACGUCCAACUUUGAGAAGCAUUGAAUGCUGUACUAGAGAUCUUAUAACCACAAUUUCACAAUCAAUAACAGAAUUACAAAAACAACCACGUCAAAUUACCAAGCAAAGAGAAAAUGUUCAAACACAAACAGAAAAGCGCUCUGAAGAUUUCAUCUACGCUGUUGGACAGUACGCACAUGUAAAAGAGAUAACAGAAGCUCAAUUCAAUCAGCUCAUUCAACAAGAAGCAGAAAAGUUGAAAUCUAAAGACAAGAGCGAUAAAGCUUGUCAAACAUAUGAAAUACUGAAAAGCCCCGUGGGAGUAUAUAAAAUUACAUCUGAUGAUCAUAAAUCACAAGAAAAGGUUGUAGAAAGUCCACGACUAAGAGGUGAAUUUGGUUGUCAGUAUCAGCAAGAAAUAAGACUUCUUGACAAACAAGAGCACUACCUUAUAGAAACAACACCCAAAACAACCAUGUCAGAAAUGUACGACACCCAAACAAGUAGUAAAGAAAGUCGGACAAUGUUUGGACAGACAAGCCAAUCAAAAUUAGUUACUCAGAGUAUCGCAUUUGUAGAUCAAAGACAAAUACAUAGUAGAGUUAAAUUAGAGGACAGUUCACCUGAACAAACGGGAAUAUAUGUUGAAAAUUUCCAACAAUAUGAACAAACCGAUGAUAAGAAGACGGAAAUAACAAGCCUAGAAGACAAAACACACAACCUAAAAAUAGAAGCCAGCAUACAAACAAAAAAAUUCCAACAUGAUAGUUGGACACAAACAACAAUGACCAAAACAGAAAAACCAGAAGAAGAAAAUAAACACAUCAAACACGAAGAGAGUAAGAUAAAACACAAAACGGAAAUAAGAACUGACUACAAAACAAAAGAUAUAAGAGAGAAAUUUUGCAUGGUGGAAUCUUGGUGUGAGGUAGUAAAACCAGAAAGCAUGAAUGUAACCGAGGUUAAUCUCACAGAGUUGAAGACAGUGAAACCCGAUCAUAUGAUGUCAGUGAGUACCUCCUAUGCAGAACCGCCUGUCAAACAGCCACCACCACGCCAACUGACUGACACUGCCACACAGGCGACCUCCGUUACCACACACGUCGCGGAGUCCAGUCAGCAUGUGAUUGUCUCGACACCCACCGUUCAAGUCCAAGCACCUCUCGUCACCGAGACCGCCUCAUUGGAGUUACCCACACCUGAACCUGUUCGCAAAACAUCGCUAGUGGAAGCCACACAGUUCGUGAAACGUUCCACUGUCGACCAACAAAUCGACACAGUACCAGUCUCCUCGUCCGACGUGGGUGCACAGACCGAGCCACACAAAUCUCUACUCGACGGUGCUGCCCAUUUGUCGUUGAAACGCACCGAUGCGACGUCACAAGCCAAACCUGUCCAAUUGUGCAUGGUGGAUUCUUGGAGUGAGAUGCAUGCACCAGUGAAACCAGAGACACCAGUUGUUCCGGUCCACGAGCCACCGAAACGCAUCCAAACAUUGGAAGCCUGUGUGCAGACGGUGAAGGAAAGUGUGUGUGUUGUGGAUAGUGCGACCAGUGUGUCAAUGAAGUCGCCCGAAAGUGUGCUCGAUUCGGCUGCAGCUUUCGUGAAGAGACCGAGUGUGAAUGCUGAAGUGCAAGUGGAUAGGGUGAGCACACCGGUUGUCAGUCUGACCACACACAAGUUAGAACCGAAAGUGGUCGAGAGGAGUCUGUGUACCAGCUGUGGACAUCGGUACGUGAAUACCGAAGAGAUGGCUUGUCAGACCGUUCAGCCUAAGAUCGAACCGGUUCCUGUGACUGUGAAGACGUCGAAUGUCGCUAUGCAGACCAGCAAGUUCUCCAAUCUCUGUCAGACAACCAGUGAAGUAGUGACAUAUGUGAAACCGGCACCCUACGUCGAGUCAACACUAUCCAUGGCCAUGAAGGUCGAGAAGCCAGUCACUCAGGACGUUGGAAUGCAGUUCGGAAUGCGUGUGGCCACGCGUGUCAUGAGCUCUGGCUACCAGGUGCAACAGACCAGCAGUCACACACUGACGGAAGCAGUGGGAGUAGCAGAACGAGAAGUACAGGUGACUCAAACCGAACGACCAGUUGUGACCAGUGUGGAUCACAGAGAGUUGAAGACAGUGAAACCCGAUCAUAUGAUGUCAGUGAGUACCUCCUAUGCAGAACCGCCUGUCAAACAGCCACCACCACGCCAACUGACUGACACUGCCACACAGGCGACCUCCGUUACCACACACGUCGCGGAGUCCAGUCAGCAUGUGAUUGUCUCGACACCCACCGUUCAAGUCCAAGCACCUCUCGUCACCGAGACCGCCUCAUUGGAGUUACCCACACCUGAACCUGUUCGCAAAACAUCGCUAGUGGAAGCCACACAGUUCGUGAAACGUUCCACUGUCGACCAACAAAUCGACACAGUACCAGUCUCCUCGUCCGACGUGGGUGCACAGACCGAGCCACACAAAUCUCUACUCGACGGUGCUGCCCAUUUGUCGUUGAAACGCACCGAUGCGACGUCACAAGCCAAACCUGUCCAAUUGUGCAUGGUGGAUUCUUGGAGUGAGAUGCAUGCACCAGUGAAACCAGAGACACCAGUUGUUCCGGUCCACGAGCCACCGAAACGCAUCCAAACAUUGGAAGCCUGUGUGCAGACGGUGAAGGAAAGUGUGUGUGUUGUGGAUAGUGCGACCAGUGUGUCAAUGAAGUCGCCCGAAAGUGUGCUCGAUUCGGCUGCAGCUUUCGUGAAGAGACCGAGUGUGAAUGCUGAAGUGCAAGUGGAUAGGGUGAGCACACCGGUUGUCAGUCUGACCACACACAAGUUAGAACCGAAAGUGGUCGAGAGGAGUCUGUGUACCAGCUGUGGACAUCGGUACGUGAAUACCGAAGAGAUGGCUUGUCAGACCGUUCAGCCUAAGAUCGAACCGGUUCCUGUGACUGUGAAGACGUCGAAUGUCGCUAUGCAGACCAGCAAGUUCUCCAAUCUCUGUCAGACAACCAGUGAAGUAGUGACAUAUGUGAAACCGGCACCCUACGUCGAGUCAACACUAUCCAUGGCCAUGAAGGUCGAGAAGCCAGUCACUCAGGACGUUGGAAUGCAGUUCGGAAUGCGUGUGGCCACGCGUGUCAUGAGCUCUGGCUACCAGGUGCAACAGACCAGCAGUCACACACUGACGGAAGCAGUGGGAGUAGCAGAACGAGAAGUACAGGUGACUCAAACCGAACGACCAGUUGUGACCAGUGUGGAUCACAGAGAGUUGAAGACAGUGAAACCCGAUCAUAUGAUGUCAGUGAGUACCUCCUAUGCAGAACCGCCUGUCAAACAGCCACCACCACGCCAACUGACUGACACUGCCACACAGGCGACCUCCGUUACCACACACGUCGCGGAGUCCAGUCAGCAUGUGAUUGUCUCGACACCCACCGUUCAAGUCCAAGCACCUCUCGUCACCGAGACCGCCUCAUUGGAGUUACCCACACCUGAACCUGUUCGCAAAACAUCGCUAGUGGAAGCCACACAGUUCGUGAAACGUUCCACUGUCGACCAACAAAUCGACACAGUACCAGUCUCCUCGUCCGACGUGGGUGCACAGACCGAGCCACACAAAUCUCUACUCGACGGUGCUGCCCAUUUGUCGUUGAAACGCACCGAUGCGACGUCACAAGCCAAACCUGUCCAAUUGUGCAUGGUGGAUUCUUGGAGUGAGAUGCAUGCACCAGUGAAACCAGAGACACCAGUUGUUCCGGUCCACGAGCCACCGAAACGCAUCCAAACAUUGGAAGCCUGUGUGCAGACGGUGAAGGAAAGUGUGUGUGUUGUGGAUAGUGCGACCAGUGUGUCAAUGAAGUCGCCCGAAAGUGUGCUCGAUUCGGCUGCAGCUUUCGUGAAGAGACCGAGUGUGAAUGCUGAAGUGCAAGUGGAUAGGGUGAGCACACCGGUUGUCAGUCUGACCACACACAAGUUAGAACCGAAAGUGGUCGAGAGGAGUCUGUGUACCAGCUGUGGACAUCGGUACGUGAAUACCGAAGAGAUGGCUUGUCAGACCGUUCAGCCUAAGAUCGAACCGGUUCCUGUGACUGUGAAGACGUCGAAUGUCGCUAUGCAGACCAGCAAGUUCUCCAAUCUCUGUCAGACAACCAGUGAAGUAGUGACACAUGUGAAACCGGCACCCUACGUCGAGUCAACACUAUCCAUGGCCAUGAAGGUCGAGAAGCCAGUCACUCAGGACGUUGGAAUGCAGUUCGGAAUGCGUGUGGCCACGCGUGUCAUGAGCUCUGGCUACCAGGUGCAACAGACCAGCAGUCACACACUGACGGAAGCAGUGGGAGUAGCAGAACGAGAAGUACAGGUGACUCAAACCGAACGACCAGUUGUGACCAGUGUGGAUCACAGAGAGUUGAAGACAGUGAAACCCGAUCAUAUGAUGUCAGUGAGUACCUCCUAUGCAGAACCGCCUGUCAAACAGCCACCACCACGCCAACUGACUGACACUGCCACACAGGCGACCUCCGUUACCACACACGUCGCGGAGUCCAGUCAGCAUGUGAUUGUCUCGACACCCACCGUUCAAGUCCAAGCACCUCUCGUCACCGAGACCGCCUCAUUGGAGUUACCCACACCUGAACCUGUUCGCAAAACAUCGCUAGUGGAAGCCACACAGUUCGCGAAGCGUUCCACUGUCGACCAACAAAUCGACACAGUACCAGUCUCCUCGUCCGACGUGGGUGCACAGACCGAGCCACACAAAUCUCUACUCGACGGUGCUGCCCAUUUGUCGUUGAAACGCACCGAUGCGACGUCACAAGCCAAACCUGUCCAAUUGUGCAUGGUGGAUUCUUGGAGUGAGAUGCAUGCACCAGUGAAACCAGAGACACCAGUUGUUCCGGUCCACGAGCCACCGAAACGCAUCCAAACAUUGGAAGCCUGUGUGCAGACGGUGAAGGAAAGUGUGUGUGUUGUGGAUAGUGCGACCAGUGUGUCAAUGAAGUCGCCCGAAAGUGUGCUCGAUUCGGCUGCAGCUUUCGUGAAGAGACCGAGUGUGAAUGCUGAAGUGCAAGUGGAUAGGGUGAGCACACCGGUUGUCAGUCUGACCACACACAAGUUAGAACCGAAAGUGGUCGAGAGGAGUCUGUGUACCAGCUGUGGACAUCGGUACGUGAAUACCGAAGAGAUGGCUUGUCAGACCGUUCAGCCUAAGAUCGAACCGGUUCCUGUGACUGUGAAGACGUCGAAUGUCGCUAUGCAGACCAGCAAGUUCUCCAAUCUCUGUCAGUCAUCCAGUGAACUAGUGACAUAUGUGAAACCGGCACCCUACGUCGAGUCAACACUAUCCAUGGCCAUGAAGGUCGAGAAGCCAGUCACUCAGGACGUUGGAAUGCAGUUCGGAAUGCGUGUGGCCACGCGUGUCAUGAGCUCUGGCUACCAGGUGCAACAGACCAGCAGUCACACACUGACGGAAGCAGUGGGAGUAGCAGAACGAGAAGUACAGGUGACUCAAACCGAACGACCAGUUGUGACCAGUGUGGAUCACAGAGAGUUGAAGACAGUGAAACCCGAUCAUAUGAUGUCAGUGAGUACCUCCUAUGCAGAACCGCCUGUCAAACAGCCACCACCACGCCAACUGACUGACACUGCCACACAGGCGACCUCCGUUACCACACACGUCGCGGAGUCCAGUCAGCAUGUGAUUGUCUCGACACCCACCGUUCAAGUCCAAGCACCUCUCGUCACCGAGACCGCCUCAUUGGAGUUACCCACACCUGAACCUGUUCGCAAAACAUCGCUAGUGGAAGCCACACAGUUCGCGAAGCGUUCCACUGUCGACCAACAAAUCGACACAGUACCAGUCUCCUCGUCCGACGUGGGUGCACAGACCGAGCCACACAAAUCUCUACUCGACGGUGCUGCCCAUUUGUCGUUGAAACGCACCGAUGCGACGUCACAAGCCAAACCUGUCCAAUUGUGCAUGGUGGAUUCUUGGAGUGAGAUGCAUGCACCAGUGAAACCAGAGACACCAGUUGUUCCGGUCCACGAGCCACCGAAACGCAUCCAAACAUUGGAAGCCUGUGUGCAGACGGUGAAGGAAAGUGUGUGUGUUGUGGAUAGUGCGAUCAGUGUGUUAACGAAAUCAUCGGACAUUGUGCCUGUUUCUGCUGAUGAUCUCGGUUUUACAAAGGAUGUUCUUCAUUUCACGCCUUCCUCAUUAUAUGAUAGCUCCGUUUCUGCCAUACCUUCUUUUUGUGAUUGUUGGUCUCAGUGUGAUUUUUCAUCGUUAGCUACAUAUCCGGUUGUUGAUAGUUUUGGUAAUGUUGAUAGGGCUGAUUCCUUAUCUUCUCCACUUGUUGAUUCUUGUUGUAAAUUGUUCGUUGGUUGCUCCUCUUUAGGAACCUUGACUGAGCCAUUAAAGCUUGUUCCUUGUGAACUGAAAAGUUCAAAAUUAAUUGACACAUCUGGAUUCUUCCUUGUUGAUCAUGAUUAUUUGUCUUCAACGAUUCAGGAUGAAGAUGUCCCUCUUGACUCUGGAGACCUUGAAUGGGAGUUAGUUGACGAUAAUUUGAAAGAAUUACACCGUUGUUUAGUGAAUAGUUGUAUACAAACUGAAGAGUCAUAUAUUAAUAGGCCUGAUUCUCAAAAGGAACACUCUCCUGCGCUACCUGUCAGCCAAUUACCCACCGUGAACAGGAAAAACUUCUCAGUCCAGUAUAUUUUUGAGCCUGCUCAAGAAAAUGCCUGUUGUCAAACCCAACCUAUGACCUCUGAUAAAAUUCAAAAACAUAUCAUCAUUGAUGCUGAAACCAUGACUGAUGAUACAGAGUCAAAUGUUGCCGUCUUACUUCAAAACGUAAGUUCUACAGACAUCAGAGAACGUUUAAUUGAACGUUAUUACUAUUCAGCACCAUGCAGUUACAUGCUUGUGACUGAUGCAGAAGUUCAAGUCAAUCUGACUGGCUCAGUUUAUGAAGGGCACUCAAAAGACUUCUACGUAAAAGAAGUUUCUACAGACUAUAUUGUUGAGCAUCAUAUAGAAAAUGAAAAUAUAAUACUAGAAGAAUCGAGUGGACAUGAUGAUAGUGAGCAAACUGUGUCAGGCACAUCAUAUUCCCGAUACAUGAAGCGCUUGGUUCAUGAAGGUGGUGUAACUGAAGUUUGGGAAAAAUGUCCCCCAACGCAUUCUGUCUUUGAUUAUUAUCAAAGCCGUCGGGAGUUUGGGUCGGUACGUGAGCAGGCCUCAAUGGCCAUGGAAGAGCCUGUUACAGCAGCAGAUGUUGGCAUUCAAAUUGUGUUCGAUUCACUUUCACAUAGUUCACCGUCUGAAUCCGAAAUAUCAAGAUCUGAAUCCCCGCUUAGUGGAUCAAGUUACACCUAUGAAGCAUAUUUGAUACGCUCAAGACUAGGACAAGUAUGUGAAGUCCAGUGUCAAUUCUGUCCUACACAUAUACCAACAGCAUCUCAAACGGAUCAUUAUGGAAUUUCUAUGCAGACUGAAAGACAUGAAAAAUUAAAAGAGGAUAUUUUUGAAAUUUAUCAAAGAAGACUAAUAAAAGAUCAAAUUGCAGAAGCGUGGACUCAAGUUGAACAAGAUUUGUACACAGAAUCUCGAAUUGAACAAGUUAGUGAACCUAUCGACGUAAUCGAAGAACGUAUCUUGGAGAUAACGGAGAAGAAAAGUAAAAAAGUUUAUAGUCAAAUAAAAAUUACGGAGGAAUUCACAGAGGAGGAGGAUUUGAUUGUUUGUGAAUUGGGUGUGCAAACAGAUCCGUUCUAUGAUCAACAAUACUUCAUCAAAACAAAAGAAAGUCAUUCUUCAAUAGAUUUACGUGAAGAAAGUCCUAAACGUUUAGUUACUACGGGUAUUCAGACAUCAGUAAUUCGCCUGGCCAGUAUUAUCUCUUCAGGUGACUUAGAAUGGGCUGAUGAAGAUCUGUGUGAAGUAAUUAAGGCAGGCAUCAGAGUGCUUGGAUCUGGUGAGCAUAAAAGUGAAGAUAUAUCUGUGUCAAAAUAUAUGUCUCACCGACUAAAUAUUUGCGCUAGAUUACCAACUGAUUCUAGUGAAAAGGUGCUUAUUAGUAGCGGUACACAAGUAAUUCCUAUGGAAUCAGAUCUCGAGAAAAAGUUCCAGAAGGAAUGGCAGUUAGAAGCUAUCUCUUUCCAUGAAUCUGCAGAACCCUUCCAAUCUGACCCUAUCGUAGAAAAAGUUGGAACGCUUACAGAAGAAACCCACCACAUGUCGAAAAUUUUAGUUCAACUACGUCAACGAACAUUACAGUAUGAAUUAUUUGAAUCACAAUAUUCAACAUCAUGUAUACAAUGGAAUAAUAUCCGUGAGGUGGCCAGUCCAAGAACAGGAUUAUUUGCACCAGUUGCAAUGGCAAUAAGAAGAGGAUGGAUUCGACUUGGUGAAGCCAAUGAAUAUGUGGAUCCAAUGACCGGAGUUGCUAUUCCACUAGAAACGGCUUAUCAACAAGGACGUAUACGAUUAACUAGUUCAUCAAGUCAUUAUGAUAGAAACGUUAUAACAAAUACACCUGUAUUACUAUUAAUUGAACGAGUAUACUUUAGUUGGUGCAAAGCUUAUUUAACAAGCGUUGUUAAUACAGCUACAGGUGAAGUACUAUCACCCAAUUUAGCAAUAGCAAAUGGUAUACUUGAAACAACGGAAGAUGAAAUACGCCUAUUAGAUAGUUUAACAAAUACAUGGAUUACUAUAGAAGAAGGUGCAGGUCGACAAAUUAUACAAUUAGAACCAUCAACUCCCACAACAGAAUCUAUGGAAGAUGAAUUAGAUGAACCAGUUAGCUGUAAAGUUUAUCAACUUACUCAUAUUUGUCCUGGCGGUGAACCAUCUCCUUGGUUAGGUCCAUUAGAAGCUGUACGUUUAGGUUUAUUAAAUUGGGAAACUGGUGAAGUUGCUGCUGAUUGGCCAGCAAGACCAAUGUUACGUAGUAUGAAUUCUACAGGGCAUUUAAUAUCAGAAGAUUUCAUUCCAACUAAAUGGUGUAGUUUUCUAACUGCAAAACAAGCUGGUUGGUUAAGAUUUAUUGAAGAAAUAGAACCACAACGCUAUAUAACAACAUCAGGUACACCAAAUAAAGAGCCAGGAUCACUUCUAUUAUCAACACAAGUAAAUCUUUUAGCUCCAUCUCAAGUAUCUUUAAAUUAUGAACAAGAUGAUAUUGAAGAAAAUUAUCCUCAUCGAUCUAAUCAAUAUCAUCAUGAAUUCAAUAUACCAAGAACUAGAUCAGAUGAUGUUUUUACAACUAGAGAUAUAAGUACAUCUAACUUAUAUCAUCCAAUUAAUAUAUUACCAGAUACUAGAAGUGUAUCAUGUACUCGAAUUGAUAUAACAUCACCAUUAUAUAAUGAUUAUAAAUUAAUUCCAUCACGUGUACAAGUAAGACAUGAAAAUGAUGAACAUUCAUGGACAAGUGAAACACAAAUAUGGGAAGAAUAUCAAGAGACUUCAUCAAGAACUAUUUCACCUGAUAAUGCAAGAGGUCAUCAAUAAAUGUUUUUUUUCUUUUUCUUUUAAAAAUAAAUAAGUAAAUCAAAAGAGAAAUUACACUCUUUUAAUAUUUUACAAUCAUGUUUUUGUUUUGUUUAGAAUUAAAAACAAAAAGAAAAUAGAUAAAUUUCAAUACAUUUCCAUCAUCACCAACACUUCUAUGUCCUUUUAGUGCUUAUGGAACCUUUUAUUAUUAUUAUUUUUUUUCUAUGUAAAAGAAAGAAAAUAUUAAUUGAACAAUGGAAUAAAAUAAGACAUUAGUAAAACAAAUCUGUUUAUAUAUAGAAAUUUUAACUAAAACAAACAUUACUACUGUUAUUGCUACUACUAACUAUUACUGCUGCUAAUACUAGUUAAUCAGAAAUUAUUUAAAUAACUAACUCAUUUAUGCACAUUUAAAUUGUGAUUUUCUUCUUGUUUUUUUGUUUGUUUGUCUGUUAUUUGUUUUUUUAGUCGUUAUUAUUUUCACACUUUCGUUUUCAUUUAUCUGGGUACAUGUAUAACUGCACAUAUCUAUAUACACACACAAGUACACAUACAUAAAUAUAAAUGAGCACAAUGUACUUUCGUAUAAGAAAGAUUUUGUGUUACUUUUCGUUUUGUAUUAAUAGUAUCUAAGUAUAAAUGGCUAUUUAUUCUAUACUGUUUUAUUUUGUUUAAUUAGUACAUUGAUUAACGAUUCGUUCAUUUACAGUGAGAUUUGAAUUUAUAGUGUGAACGUGUAGUAGUAUUUGAGCCGCUACUUAUUAUAUUGGAAAGCAAAAGAUGUAUGCAUUUUGAAGAACUCUUUCAUUUAAUUGACCAUCAAUAUGUAGCCAAUUUAUAGGCACUUCAAUUCUGUUAAAUUAAAAUACAGAAACGACAACCAAUUUCUACAUAAUUUUUGAUGGAAAAGAAAUCGGUUGUAUAUAGUUAAUUGCUAAGUAAUGUACCUUAGGUAUCAAACCCAGGACCAUAUACUCGACUAUGAGUCAUAACUUUAUGUGUAAAGAAUAGAGAUCCUACUACCCAACUGUUUAAAUAUGGUAUCUGAACUGUCAAAUCAUUCCUUACCUUCUAUGGGCUAAUAAAUAAACCGUUCACAUAAGUUGUACAAUGAUUGAUAGGUUUAUUUUCCUAAAAUUAGAUCAAACUUCUGUUUAUUAUAUGAUUACUAGACUAUUACAAAGGUAGGUUCUACAUUUCUAUCCUGACCCUUAAUUAUAGAACUAGUAAUCUAAAAGUCUGAAGUUUAAAUUUAAAUAACACCUAGGCUCUAUUUUAAAAACGAAAAUCAUAUUUUUACUUUCAAUGUUGAAAUCUAAUUGCGAAUCCCUAUCCAGAAAAUGUAACCAACUGGUGAUUAUUUGAUUAAAAAAUCAGUGACCUAUCAAGAUAGCUAUACAAUUAAAUGUCUUACCUAGGCUCACUGCCUUCCUAAACUAAUCAUUGAUUUAAAUCAAACCUAAAUCUGCAUUACACUGCACUCCAUCCAGCUAGCAUUUAUAAAAUUGAGUAAUUGACUCUUGAAACCUCUUCCAUGCUUUACGUUUGUGUAUUCAUCAAAGACCUUUUGUAAUAAUGGUAGUUAACGUAUUUAAAGGUUUCAUAGACUGCUAAUUGAUCGAAAUUUACUUUGAAAGCAAUCUCUACCCAUUGGUUAUGCAAUAAAUACACUAAUCUGUCACUGAAGAUUAACUAAACUUUUACAGCUUGAUUCUUAGAACUCAUUGAGAUUUGUUACUCGGAUUUUAUAGAUUUCUGAAUUAGCCUGGUGAUCUAAUACUAAUACAUACUAUAUUUGAUAAUGGAGCAGUUGGUAAGAAACUAUAAAACUGAAUUGUCGGGCAUAUUAUAACUUAUCAGAUUGAUCUACGUGCUCAAAUUGACAAAAAGUUAUUCUGCUUGAUAAACGAUAAUCUACUUUGUGGUUACAUUUCAGUUUUAGUGAUUACUGAGAAUUGAUGUAAUACCUUAAUCAAAAAUGAUUUUGAUGUAUUUCCACAAUUACUGACACAGAUGAAUGUAAACAGUAUGAACAUACAG